CCUAUACCCCAAGAAACUUAUGCCACUACUGCUAUAGGGUAAUCGCCGGCGAAUCGCGGAUGUGACGGCGCUGGCUUGCUAAGAGACAAUCGAGUUUCUCUGCGAUUGCGUGAUUCUGAGCAUUAUGGUGGUUAUAAGCAAAAAUUGCAAUGCCAUCGAUCUCUGCGUUGACAGCUCAUACUUUCAGUAUCCCAUCCUACUUCUGUCGCGAUAAGAACAGCCAGUCAUGUCCAAUACUCCUCACGGUGGUGUUCUUAAAGAUCUCGUCGCCAGAGAUGCUGUUAUUUCCCAUCAACUAAAAGAAGAGGCAGAAACAUUACCUGAGCUAGUGCUCACCGAGCGACAAUUAUGUGACUUAGAGCUCAUCACCAAUGGAGGCUUCAGUCCUCUAGAGGGUUUCAUGACCGAAAAAGACUACCAAAGUGUUGUCGACACACUUCGCUUGGCAAGCGGAGUCUUGUUCCCGAUACCCGUUACUUUAGAUGUGUCCGGUGAAGUCAUUAACCGUCUGUCCAUUCAGCCUGGUGCUAGGCUUUGUCUACGGGAUCCUCGAGACGAAGAACCCCUCGCAAUCAUUACAGUUGAGGACAUUUAUAAACCCGAUCGCGUCAAGGAGGCAGUACAAGUCUUUGGCGCUGACGAUCCUGCUCAUCCAUCAGUCAGCUACCUUCGAAGACGCGUGCAGGAUUUCUACAUCGGUGGAAAACUCCAAGCGAUUCAGGCCCCCGCACAUUUCGACUAUGUUGCCCUGCGAUUCACCCCUGCCGAGUUGCGUUCUCAUUUCAAAAAACUGUCUUGGAGGAAAGUAGUGGCUUUCCAGACUCGUAAUCCGAUGCAUCGCGCACACCGAGAGCUCACUGUACGCGCCGCCCGACAAAGACAAGCGAACGUCUUGAUUCACCCUGUCGUCGGUUUGACGAAGCCUGGGGAUGUCGAUCACUAUACCAGAGUUCGGGUGUACGAAGCCAUUAUGGCGAAGUAUCCAAAUGGAAUGGGCCACCUUGCCUUACUCCCUCUUGCAAUGCGAAUGGCUGGCCCUCGGGAAGCCGUAUGGCACGCAAUCAUCCGUAAAAAUUUUGGUGCAACACAUUUCAUUGUCGGACGUGAUCAUGCUGGACCUGGAAAGAACUCACAAGGAAAGGACUUCUAUGGACCUUACGACGCUCAGGAUCUCGUCACAAAGUACCACGAAGAACUCCAGAUAGAAAUGGUGCCGUUCCAGCAAAUGACAUACUUGCCCUCGACAGAUGAAUACCAACCAGCCGAUGAAGUUCCAAAAGGUGUUCAAACCCUCGAUAUUUCAGGCACUGAACUUCGCAGACGCCUUAAAACUGGUGCGCCAAUUCCUGACUGGUUCAGUUAUGAUGCCGUCGUCAAGACAUUGCGGGAAAGCUACCCUCCCCGAAAUCAGCAAGGAUUUGUUAUAUUUUUGACGGGGCUCCAUAAUUCUGGCAAGAACAAGAUCGCCAAAGCCUUGCAAGUAUCACUGAAUGAACAGGGUGGCCGUAGUGUUUCUCUACUUUUGGGUGAAAAUGUGAAGCAGGAAGGGUCAUCAGAAAUGGGGUUCACUGAAGCCCAGAGACACGAAAAUACCGAGAGAAUCGCCUUCGUUGCUGCAGAGUUGGCUCGAGCCGGUGCCGCUGUGGUUGUCGCACCUAUCGCUCCCCAAGAGCAUACCAGACAGGCAGCCAAAGACACCAUCAUACAUUCUGGUGGUGCCGGUGGCAAUUUCUUCUUGAUUCACGUCGCCACUCCUCUCGAGCAUUGCGAAAAGACUGACAGGAGAGGUGUUUAUGCCAGAGCACGUCGUGGAGAAAUUGUUGGCUUCCCUGGUGUAGAUCAGGAAUACGAGACGCCAUCGGGAGCGGAUUUGACGGUGGAUCUCGUAUCACAAAGCGUACCCGAGAUCGUUCACAGUAUUGUCCUGCUACUAGAAACAAACUCGCUAAUAUAAAUACUGUGGGUAGUCGGCAUGUGCAAACGGAUCACGAUGUGCAAAUUUCGAUACAGCACGGCUUCCUCUAAACCCACAAAUAAAAUCAUUGCGCACUAUUAAUUAUACAAUUUUGUUCAGUUGUCAGAAAAAAAACCGAAGCCAAUAAGUAGCCAGAACGUGCUGCAAAGCAAGAUUUGCACAUCGCGAUCCAUUUGCACAUGCCGAUGACCCAUAGUAAAAUGUUGGCAAAAAUGUAUUCUAGACCUAUAUUCGUGUAUACCUUACUAGAUAUUACUGGCACUUUGCGCAGUCAUGCUGAGCAUUGGGAACUUUUCUAAGUCUCACGCUGAAUAUUCUAGAUGUC